AUGGCUGCCCAGAAGAACAAGGCAUCAGCCCUGGCCCCCGGGGUCCUUCAGAGCACACCAGCCCCAAUGCCAGAGGCAUGCUCCGAGGAGCAGGUGCUGGAGCUCUUGGUACUGGAGCAGUUUCUGGGCGUGCUGCCACCUGAGAUCCAGGCCCGCGUUCAGGGGGGCAGCAGCCAUGCAGCCCCGGGGAGGCUUUUGCCCUGGUGGAGGGGCUGCAGCAGGAGCUGGCCAGGACAAGACUCCAGACCCCAGAGUAAGAUGGAUGCCCUCAAGAUCACACAUGUGAUUGUUCUCAGCAUUGUGUCCUCAGAAUGUGGGGGCGUGGGGGACGCCAAGAAAGAUGGAGCAUACCAAUACGUCCCGGCCCCCAGUCCCCAAGAGGUGCUGGUCCCCAAGCCAGAGGAGCAAUAUGAGCAGGAGGCUGCCUAUCGGGUGGAGGGGACUGCCUCCGGGCUGAGGUGUCGGGGCAGAGAUGAGGUGGGCAAGGAAGACAGACACAGCCAGGGUGUGGGCGUCCUCACUUCUCUGGUGCUUAGUGACCCCAGUGUGGAGCAAGGGGAUGGGAGCCAGGCCCUGGAGCUACCUUGUGCAGAGUUGGAGACCAAGUGCAAACUACUGAGGCAAGGUGGAGUCGCCAGCACAGUGGCCCAGCAGGUGGCUCCAGGAAAAGGUGACAUUCCCUGGAUUGCGCUGAAGACUGACACUCCAGGCCACUCUGAGGGGGCUGCAUCUGGAGGCCUGGGGUCCUGGGAGGACCCCAGAGAAGCUCCAGUGGAGGGAGCCUGCCUGCCAGUGCAAGCCUUCAACUGGAACUCCAACUUCCUGGAGCACCAGCAUGCACACAGGCGCGCGGCCUCACACCUGCGCGGCCUGGGCACCAGCGCACACAUUGGCAAGAGGCCCUUUGAGUGCACCCAGUGCAGCCAGGCCUUCGUCGUGGGCUCCAGCCUGGCCGAGCCCAGGUGCAGGCAGACAGGUGAGCGGCCUUACACGUGCCAUGUGUGCAGCAGGUCCUUUGGCCAUCGCUCCAACCUCAACGAGCACGGGGAGCGGCACGCGGGUGGCUCCACACCCUGA